AGUCUUUGCUACUGAUAGGCAGACUCAUGGUCUGUGCAUGCUUGUUUUGGGAAUACAUGAGGCUUUUACACUCGUUGAUAUAUGAAACGAUAUAGCUUUAUAAUCUAGUAUGUUGUGCUUAUCUUCUGCAGUGUGUUGUAAUGCGAUACCAAUGCUGUUGAACCAUUAACUCCAUUUGAACCCUGUGUAUUGGAUUAGCUCAUUUAUUUUCAGGCUCUGUGACAGAUAGCAAGUAACGGAUAAUCAAUGAUGUACACCAAACAUAGAUCACUCCUGUGUUAAGUAGAGGAAAUGUUCACUGUUAGUCUCAGUAAGGACUUGUUCUGUUUGUACUCAUAUCUUAAAUGCAGUUACUGUAGCUGUUAAACUGGAUUUUACUGUUGUAAGCGUAGGAUGAAUUUGGAUUCUCCCUCAGCAGAGAACUUCACCAGGGGAAUUGAUCUUUAAUCACACCAGUCUCCAUGUUUGCACAUUUUAGAGGUUUCCUCUCCCUCACUCCCUCCAAUCUCAGUCAUUAAGAAGCAGAGCAGGUAGUGCCCAGAGGCACAAAAAUAGACUCCCACUAAAGCCUCUCUGACUGAUGACUAAUCUAUAUUUCGGUACUGCACCGUCCAAGUUCUUCCUGCCCCCUCCCCUUCCCCUUGCUGUGUUUUUAUCAAGUUUGAUUGCUCUUUGAAAAGCUUGAAUCACGUGAAGUAGACGUGUUCUGAAAUACUUAUGCGUGGAUCAGAAUUGGAAGUACUAGCUGUCAUGUAUACAUUUGACAGCUGCGUAGUCGCUGCGUCAGUGCAGGGCGCAGGUGCGCGUGGGUACAGUAAUGUAUCCAGUCAGCACAUUUUGGCUUUCAACUGCAAUUAGUAAUGCAGGUCAGAAUACAUGUAUAGCAACAGCAACUGCAGAACCAAUCUUCCCAGCUGCCUUUGAAUGUGAGCUGGCAUCAGAGAGAUAAGGGUGCUGUAUCAGCACACUUUCACUGUUCCCAAGCUGUACUCAACCAUUUACAAAAUACAGUGGAAAAACACUGUGCAGCGUGACAGCGUUGGUACAGUGCAGCACUCUGAAAAACAGAAGUGGCUUCCACAAAAUGCUAUUUUCUUGGUUUCUUUUGCAGUGGCAAUUCAUCAGCUUCAGUCAGAAUUAAGAAAUAAUCAGCUGUAGAUGGUUUGAACGGCUGCUUGUGAAUGCGGCACACUGCUCCAUGACGUAACAAUUUACAUAAACAAAGGUGGGUGUCUUAUAAUAUACACUAACUGUCUGGUGAGGGGCCUUUUUGUCUCCCUCCAUUCCCCGUCAUCACUUUUCAGUGUCUCCCCAUCUUUUGCUGAUGUUGCAGAGAUGAUAUGGGGAUAGGGAGAGUCAGACACUUUUUUUUGUGCCGGCAGUUUUAAAGGAUCCCUUUCUAUAGAUCAACUCUGCUGCAGUGUGUAAAUCAGAAAAGGUCUUGCACACUGGCUGUUCUAUUCAAUCGAGCUAUCAAUGUGAUAGUGUCACGCAUUGCCAAGAGGAAGAUCAGAUACAUGAAACUGAUGAUAUCAUGAACGCUUAGGGGAAACAAGCCACGUUAUGACCCCAGUGAAUUAGCUUUUUCAUCAGUGUUAAAGUGUUGUCUUAAUGUUAUAAUGGCAAAACUCUUGCAGCUUCUUAUUUCCCUGAAACUCAAUUGAUUGUUUACCUUCAUCCAUCCUCACCAAAAUAGACUGCCUUUAAAAAUAUCCCUCCUGGAUCUGCAUGCCACACACUCAAUCAUAAGCCUCAAGUAGCCUGGGGAUGUUGCUGGAUGACAAAUGGCCCUUCGCUCCUGGCUCUCAGCAGCUGCCAGGUAGAGUUCAGUGAUGAUGGAGUGUCAGAGUGGCAUAAAAGGCCAUAGAUUAGCAGACGGGUACCAAAUGGGGCCACAGUUAACAAGACUACCAACAGGGCCAUUUGGUAAACAAAACAGUACCACAGGCAUAUUGCACCUGGCAAGUAUGAAAGUUAACAGACCUGGCCUCUUAUUUGUUAGACAUCUAAGAUCUAAAAGUUAUUAACUUAGUGUGAAGAAUAAGACACAUUUAUCAAGCAGACUUACUUCAACAUACAUGGAAGUUUAAUAGUGAUCACAUGGGUAAUCAUGUUUAUGCUCAGAGCAGGAAAAGCCAUUCAGAUACAAGGAAUAAACCCAUCUACAUUGUAAAUUAGAUAUAUUUUUAAAAAGUUCAUGCUGUUUAUGUGAUCUCCAGUAGCAAUUCACAUAUUGUAUCAAUAGCAAUUUUAUACAUUUCUAAUAAACAAAUAGGCUAUAUGAAUGCUGGAGGAAAUUGGCUAAAAUGGAAACAAACAGAAAACCAAACUGCAGAGUUUGACACCAAAUUGACACCAAAAUGAAGAUGCACGAAAAGUUGUUGGAAACAAAAACAAUGCCAGCUUUAUUCUUAUUGUUUGCACCCCUGGAAAACACACACAUACACAAACAUCCUAAUGAUGUAACAUUUAUAGAUCAAAUGCAAAUAGUAGGUAAAACCACCCCAUUCUACAUUAUACAUCGCUUCAGAUAAUGUAUUACUCAUGUUGACUAUUGUAGUCAUGUUUAAGAGACCUCUGGCGCUCACUUGAAUUGAAGAGUGUUUUGAUUAAAUUAAAUUUGAUGAAUUGUUUUAUUCUUACGUUUGCAAGUAAAGUGAAGGAUACUUCUAUGUCUCUUGAUUCCAAAAUUUGAACUUAAAAAUACUGUACAGACUCCAUAUACCGUCACUCAGACCGCCAUUACAUUUGUUUUAGAAACUAAUAACUGAGCUGCUGUGUGUGGACCGCCACAGAGACGCUGUCCUUGGUGCUGCAGCUAUGCGCCUCCGAGCCUCUGUGUGGAGGAGGGGUAUAGCUUACUGUAUAUAAAAUGUUCCAAUGUAACAAUACAUCACUCCCUGGUGUCUGAGUCAAAUGGUUUGGCCUCAUCGACAGACUUGCACAUGACACCUUUGAUUCUAAAUCUUUUGAACAAACCCGUAUUGUAAAAUCACUGCCAGAAUUGCGCCAAAAUUGGCAACAAAAUAUUAAUGCAUAUGUAAUUGACGUCGUUUGAAAAGUAUUUGUGGAAAUCUAGAAAUACAUUUAAUUGACAGCAUGCGGUAUAUCUGCAUGUUGUCCUUACAGCAAUGCCACACAUGUUCAAAAUGUCAAUGUCUACAUGCAAGAAGCGUCUCUGAAAGCGACAUUAUGUGACACAUACGCUUUACCAGAUCGGCUGUGGCAGCCAGAAGCAGGCUCAUAAUGUUUUUUUUUUUCGAUGUAUGGCGCAUGGCUGUUUAACCAACAGUUAUCCGACUGGAGCUCUGACUUAAUAAAUAAUUAAAGUGGACGGAGGGGAGCUGCAGCUGAUUUGCUGAUGUCAGGGAGCCAGUGCAGCAUUUCAUGGUGCAGGGUGUAAACGCGCGGUGCCAUCUGCCUCGAUCGGUGCUCUCAGCAAACCUCACACAUGCAAGCCCGGCAAGAAAGAUGCUGCCAACUCUUAAGAUUUGGGCACUGUUUUCUGUGUCGCUGUGCUGUCUGUCUCAGCCGGGUCAUAUGAAGAAGGCUUUCCGAUGUCCUUCAACAUGCAGCUGCUCCAAGGAGUCUAUUAUUUGCGUCGGGUCCUCCUAUGUCCCAAGGAUUAGCCCCAACGACAUCAAUUCUUUGAGUAUCGUCAAUGGGACUUUCUCCGAGGUCAAAGAGGCAAUGUUUUCUCACAUGUCAUCUCUUCAGCUACUGCUUCUGAAUUCCAAUUCUCUCACAACUAUAAGGGAUGAUGCAUUCUCAGGCCUUCCUCAUCUGGAGUACCUGUUCAUUGAGAGUAAUAAGAUAGAGACUACAUCCAAAUAUGCCUUCAGAGGACUCAGGGACUUGACUCACUUGUCUUUGGCAAACAACAACAUCAAAGCCCUGCCCAGGGACCUCUUCAUUGACCUGGACUCACUGAUAGAGCUGGACCUGCGAGGCAAUGCCUUUGAGUGUGACUGCCGUGCCAAAUGGCUGAUGACGUGGCUGAAGAACACCAAUGCCACAGUGUCAGAUGUCGUGUGUGCUGGACCUGAGGACUUGAAGGACAAGCGCCUCAAUGAUAUGACCAGCCUGCACAAUGAGUGUAUCUCAACAGAUUUCGUCCUCCAUCAGUCCGUGGCAUCAGAGUCUCUGUCUGUUGACACAUUCAGCUACAAAAAUGAUGUCUAUGUGGCUAUUGCUGCUCCCAGUGCAGAAAGCUGUAUGGUUUUCCAAUGGGACCACAUAGAAAUGAACUUCAGGACUUAUGAUAACAUAACAGGUCAGUCCAUUGUGGGUUGCAAGUCACUUGUCAUCCAGGACCAGGUAUUUGUCAUUGUAGCUCAACUCUUUGGUGGCUCCCACAUCUACAAGUUUGAUGAGGAUCAAAGCAGGUUCAGCAAGUUCCAGGAAAUUGAGGUGUCCAAGAUCUCCAAGCCCAACGACAUUGAGGCAUUCCAGAUUGGCCCUGACUGGUUCUUUGUGAUUGCUGACAGCUCAAAAGCAGGCCUGUCCACCCUCUACAAAUGGAAUGAUAAGGGUUUUUAUUCAUACCAGUCGCUGCAUGAGUGGUAUCGUGACACAGAUGCAGAGUUCUUGGACUUGGAUGGGAAGGCCCAUCUUAUCUUGGCAAGCCGCUCACAGGUGCCUGUGAUCUACCAGUGGAGCCGGAGCAACCAGAAGUUUGUCUUGCAGGGCGAGAUCCCCAACAUGGAGGAUGUAGUAGCUGUGAAGCACUUCCGGAUCAAGGAGGAACUCUACCUGGCUAUGACACGCUAUAUUGGUGACUCCAAAGUUCUACGAUGGGGUGCCAAACAGUUUGCAGAGAUUCAGGCCUUACCUUCAAGAGGCUCCAUGAUUCUUCAGCCGUUCGUUUUCAAAGAACGUUACUACCUGGCACUGGGAAGUGAUUACACCUUCUCACAGAUCUACCUGUGGGAUGAUGACAAGAAACUCUUUGACCGCUUCAAGGAGGUGUACAUCCAGGCACCACGGUCUUUCACCGUGGUUUCCACUGACCGUCGGGACUUCAUCUUUGCCUCUAGCUUUAAGGGAAACACACAGAUCUUUGAGCACAUCAUUAUUGACUUGAGCUUGUGAGGGGUUGGCUUUAAUGCCCCUCCUGCAAUCAAACGUCUUCCACUAAAAAGAUACAGCCAUGAAGGGAAAAGUAAGGAGGAAAACAGACUUCAUGAACUAUUCCUAUAGUUUUUGCCACAAAUUAGAGCUGAGUCAAGUAGUAUUUGGAAUCCUUUUAGUUUGAGCUCAUCUUGACUGUGCCUCAAUGGCCUUGUCCUCUUAACCGUUCUCAUGGCCUCUCAGACUUUCAGAGGUACUACCAUUUUAGGAAGGCUGUCAGUCAAGAGGGUGGACAAUUGGACAAGGCUGUUGGUAUUGUCUUAAAAAUCCAGCUCCUGAAGUUGGAAAUAUUUGAAAUAUGAUUUGAGCUGUUUGGAUGUAUAGAUUUUGCAAUGAUAAGUUUGAAUAUCCCUUGUGCUAAUGGUUUUAUACGAGAAAAAAUAUACACCAGGACCCGAGAAAGAUCAUAUUACUAGUUUUGUUUUAGUCUCAUCUAGGGCAACUGAGGAUGAAACGGGUGUGGUUGCUCAUGUAUGUACCACUUACCUCAUGUCCUCAUACCCUGUGGUAAUGUACUGUAUGUUGCCUUAUCAGCGCUGGGGUUCUGUGUUCUGAUGGGCCUACAGUGCCUCCCUCUGGCCAUGAUAAAGUAUCACACCCCUUGCUUUUUCCAUACAGGGAAUGUCUUGAAAGCACAAACCUUUAACCAUUGAUGCUGAGAUCCCAGUCCUUAGAGUGUAGUUGUUUAGUGGUAAAUGUUACUGUAGGUGCUAUAGAUUAUAUGGCGUACAGUAAAAAAAGAAAUGGUUUGUUGUUUAAGAAGGUGAAAUAUUCAGGACUGGAUAGCUAAUGCCUUCUUAGGCAAACAUAUAUGAAUGGAUAGACCCCAUUUACUGAUAGAUACCCUUUUAGUUUAGAGGUACUAUAAGUGGCAAAGUAAACAGAAGCUCUUUUUAAUCCAUGUAGUGGAAAGAACCUGUGUUUAGGUAAUGUCAGGGAAAUUAAACUAUACAUGUUUGAAAAUAACAACAAUUGUUGGUCCACUGACAUAAUUUAACAUUUCUUUAUAGUCUAUUACUAAAAAGGCUCCUCAGUAUUAUUGAACUGCUUCUGACUGGGACCUUGACACUGGUCUGUCACUGGAACAGAUGAAGUCAAAGGUCAAAUAAAUACAUUUGAAUGAGGACAUAAUUUGUUCAUCCAAAAAUGGAAGAAACAAAAUGUUUAUGUAAAUAUAUCUACUCUAGUUGAGAGGCUUUUCAGUCUGUCAUUCUGUUUUUUGAAAAUACUGAAUGUUGACUGACAAGCUACAAAAUGUACAUAAAACAAGGACUGCAGUGCCACUUCCUGUUUGUCACACAAAAAUCAGAAUGAAACUUUGCACUUACUUUAAAAAGAAAAAAUGUUACUGCAGCUUGCAAGAGCAUGACAUUCAAAAAAGAGUGUUUACUAAAUUCUUUUUAGAUAAACCUAACAGACUCAGAAGUCUUAACACUCUUCUAUUCAUUAAGUGAAUGGUAUUGCAAAUUUUAAAAAAAAUGUAAUGGAAUAUGCAAGCUUUACAACAUGCAGAUUCUUUUAUAUGAUUUUGUUUUAAGCAUAUUGAAUGUUACUCUCGAAGUAUACUGUAAGUUUAAUCAGUUGAGUAUCAAAAUAAAUGUGUAAAAAUAUGAUUGUAA